CUUUGCACAUUUGUCUCCGAAGGGCCGACAUGGACUCCUGUGUCCUCCUAGCAUUUCUGCUGUUCUGCUGGGCAGAAGCAGCCUCUGCACCUGACCCCCCCUUGAAGUCGAUUCGUCUGGGGGAUGCUGUCACAUUGCCCAUGACCGUUCCCAAGGGCCAGAGCCUCAACAACCUCCUCCUGAGGGACUCCUCAAGAGAAGAAGCUAUCGCCAUCUGGAUGGACUCCAAAGACGUCAGUGUUGUAAACAUCAAAUACGCUAACCGGGUGACCUUCCAGAAAGACGAGAUAGCCUUCAGAAUUGCCAACCUCAGCCUGGACGAUGGGGGCACCUACGAAAUCUCCACCAGCUUCACCUCCUCCUCCCCAAAAGUGCUCGGCAGCUUCCUGGUGGCCGUAUUCAACAUCACCGAAAGGAUCUCCUCCUUGGGGAAUGAUUCCUGCUACAUUUAUCUGGACUGUGAAGUAGGGAUGGGGUCCGGCCACAGGGUGACCUAUGCCUGGAAGGACUCAGAGACUGGCACCACCCUCAGCCAGGUGGCCUGGCUCAUUCAGCUUGUGCACACCAACCACAAAAGGGCCUACACCUGCGCAGCCCAGACCCCCACCGCCCAGAGCACCUUCAGCUUCGUCCUCCAGCAUCCUUGCAUUCCCAACAUGGCAAGUCCAGGACCCUGGGCGUUGGGCUCUCUCCUGGUCAGAGGACUCCUGGUGACUGCUGCACUGCUGCUGCUGUGACCCAAGAAGACCCUGCUUCUCCCCCCCCCCCCCCCCCGACGCUUAAAUGGGGCAUCCAAAAGGCCUGAUGAAAGCUUAUCAUGGCACCAGCCCUUCCAGGUAGACCAAAUCACGCAACCCUCCAGAACUCUUAUUUCCUUGAGACAGGCUAGAAUAAGAGCAUUUUAUCAUUGCUUCUUACAUUCCAGGGAACCAACAACUCUUCCAAGCAGGGGUUGGCUUUCCCAGGGCUUAAUCAGCUUCAGCCCCCUUUGUUUAUUUCAUGGGUCUCGACACCCCGCAAGGCAUCUCCAACCCCAGCCCACCCACAGCCUCUCUCGGGCUCCCACGUGCUGGCACAGGGAGGUCCCUGUAGUGCCAGUUCUUAAGGCUGGAGGAGCAACCUGUCCGGCAGGUGGCGGUCAGGGGCUGUCAUGAUUGAAAAGCAGCUUUCCUCCCUGUUUCCCAGGCGAGCGUUUGUGUUGAAGUGCUUCAGGACGGGCCGUCUGCCUGCUGUUACCCAUUAAAAGAUGCGGUGAAA